AUGAUCUCCGAGAAAGAGUUCUUGGCUCGCUUUCCUCAGUCCAUUAGCCACUGGCUGGGCUAUCGUGAGAAUGCACCAAAGCCUCCUCCGAAAUAUCUCGUCCACUUGUGGUCAUUUAUAGCCGCAUUCUGUGGUCUAAGUGUGGUACAGGCUAUAUUCAAUUACUCUUCCUACUUCAUUGAACGUGGCGUGCCGGGUAUCAUUGCUUCUUACGGAGCAUCAGCAGUCCUUGUGUACGGUGCUAUUGAGAGCCCUCUAGCCCAGCCACGAGCACUAAUCGGUGGUCAUUUUUUGAGUGCUUUAGUGGGCAUAUGCGUCACGAAACUCUUCAGCUUAAUACCCAAUGAGGAAAAGUUCAAUUCUUUGCGCUGGGUCGCCGCUUCGCUUUCAUCCGCUGUUGCUGUUGUUGUUAUGCAGGUCACCGAGACAACUCAUCCUCCAGCCGGCGCCACGGCCCUCCUUCCAGCAGUGGACGAAGCUGUGUGGGCACUAUCUUGGUAUUAUCUGCCAGUUGUAUUACUUUUGUCGACUAUGAUCCUGGCUGUGGCUCUGAUCAUGAACAAUAUCCAACGCCGUUAUCCCGUUUUCUGGAUAAGUCCACCCGCUGCGAAGCCUGUACUUCCACAGGCUAGCAAUUUGAAAUCAUAG